GCGAGACUGGGAUGUUGCUGCCCUGUUGGGCGCCAGCUGCUGUCGAGGGUCAUGAAUGCCUCCGGCAGUCUUACGGAGUGGCGAGGGGUGCGGCGGCGGCGGCGGCUUCUCGGGCGCUUCUGACCGUCCUUUGCUUUUUCCUAAGCGAGGCGGCGGAGGGACCGCCAUGAGCAAGAGUCCGCAGCGCACCCGCUUAGAGCAACGGGAAUCCCAAGUACACAAUGAUAAACUCCCAGGAAUUUCUUGCCUUCCAGAAUCCCAACCAAUUGUUUCUCGGCUGUCCAAAGAACAAAAAUUGCCAGUUCUGACAUCUGACCACAAAUAUCUGGAUAACAAAGUCUUAAGAAAACCAUUUUGGAGUCAUCCCCUUGAGAGUAGCUGGAAGAAUGCUGUGAUAAAGACCAAAAAGAUGAAACAGGAAUAUACCUCUGCGUAUGGCUUGAAAGAAACCAGUGAAAAUGCUGCAAUGCCAAGUCUUGCUCAGGGAUCUGAAAGAUACCUAGCAGUAUCAAACUCAUCUCCUGUUGUACAGAAGACAGAAGGUGCUGCUAAUUCAUUUCCAGUCAGCUCUUGCAUUAACGAGGACUACAAUUGUUUGCCACCUUUAUACUUGUUGCCAUCUACUUCAUCACAAUAUUUUGAUGGCUUCUACAAAAGCAGAGGAGAUACAGCCAUAGAUAACAUUGUUAGAAGAGAGAUGAGUUCUUGGAAACCAGACUCUUUGAAGGCUCAUGGGGUGGAUGGUGGAGCUGGAGAAGUAGGAGCUGUGAGGUUGAAGAAGUAUAACCAGUGUUCCAGCCUAAUUUCAUUUUCUGAGGGGUCCAAAUUCAAGCCUGGUAAAUGUAUAAUACUUGUAAAAUCUCACAUCCUACCUCCUGUCCUUGUUAGAAUGCAAAAUUUUAAAUGCAGUCUAGUUUAG